UUUUUUUUUUCGUAUUUAUUUGAAUUUAAUUCAUUAUCUUCCAAAUGCAAUCAAUGCUUUCUCAAUGGCUGCAUUCGGAAGGCUCGCAAGAACAGAUUCGAAUUAGGGCCCAGAGAUCGGCAUGAAGCUAAGUGGUUAAUUGACCAAUGUAUGAACACGGCCUUCGAUUCUCUCCCUUCUAUUCGUCGUAUAUCUUGGUAUCAUAUCAGUCUACCGAAUCGUAAGGCGCGGGGUUUAUCUCUCUCGCAUCUCGUAUAAGAAGGUUGCGUGUCCUAAUCUCUCGAAGCAGGCUUGCCAAGGAAGAUUUCAAUCUCAGCUACAGCUGCACUAUGGCAGCCCCUCCACAGGAUUCUAAUACCAACGCAGAUGAUGGAAAGCCUGUAGAGCAAAUCGCUCAGGAAUCAGACCCUGACAAGGAUCUAGAGCAACCAACUGCACCCGAUCAGUUUGAUGAGAGAUACUGUACCACCAAAUGGGAGACAUGGGCUUACUAUGCUUAUUAUAUUGGAAACAAUGGAUUAUCUUUAUUCAACUUCGGCCCUACUGCCUUCCAAAACCUCCUCUCCCAAGCCGCUGGCGAUUACGGAACGCUCUAUUUCAUAGGGCACCAGCGCUCUGUUGAAAGCAUCGUACUCCUCAGCAACGGAAUUUCCUUCGCCAUCCAAGUGGUAAUCUUCCUAGUCAUCGGCAGUUUCGCCGACUUCGGCACAUGGCGCCCCAGCAUCUUGAUUACCCUUUCGAUAAUCGCAUACGCAAUUGGCUUCGGCUGGCUGGGCGUCCAUACGGCAGACAAAUGGCAUAUCGGCGUGGGGUUGUACAUCGUCGGAUUAAUCGCCUAUCAGACUACUCUGACCUUCUGGCUCGCCGCAUUCCCAGGUCUGGCGCGCAAUACGCCCGAAAUGAAAGCCAAAGCUGAUGCGUACACUGCGGGAAUCAUAUCCCGGGAAGAAUACGAUUAUGCUGAUACGAUGGAACGGAGUAAACUGGCGAACAUUGCUUUCUAUAUCCAGUCCGUUGCGGAGAUUAUCAUCCUUGCUAUUAUUGUUGGUAUUAUGUUUAGAUUGCGUGUCAAUGCCAGUGACGAAAAUAAUAAUUGGGGCUUGAGUGUUCUUAUCGCGUUUGCGAGUGGUGUGUGGCUGCUUGUCUCGUUGCCUUGGUUCUUUCUCGAAAAGCGUCGGCCGGGGCAGGACCCUAAGGGAAGGAAUAUCUUCUUGGCGGGUUUGUGGCAGCUUUAUUAUGCUGCCAGGCAGAUAUGGAGGUUGAAGCAGAGCUUGCUUUACCUUAUUGGGUAUUUCCUCCUGGGCGACUCGUUGAACACAACUGUGACUGUGAUAGCAACGCUGCAGAACAGUGUGGUAUCUUACAACACCCUCCAAAUAACGUAUCUCCUUAUUGCCGGUAUCGCAGCUCAGGCUGUUGGCAUCUACGGCUUCUGGUCCAUCCAGCAACGCUUUAAACUCGAUACCAAAACCAUGUUCAACGCGAUUGCCGUCGCGAUAAUCUUGCUCGACGGUUGGGGCAUGAUAGGCAUCUGGACGCAGAAAUUUGGGUUCCACAAUGGUUGGGAAUUCUGGCUUUACCAAGUAUACUACGGUCUAUUCGUCUGUCCCUGGUAUAGUUACUCGCAGAUCAUGAUCUCAGAGGUUGCACCCCGAGGCCAUGAUUUUCUUUUCUUCAGUUUGUUCAGCAUUGUUGGAAAGACAUCGUCUUUCAUUGGGCCCCUUGUUUCAAGUGCUAUUAUCGAUGCGUCGCCAUCCGGAAACGCCUCGACGCCUUUCUACUUUCUUUCUGGGCUGAGUGCAGCCAGCUUUGCCGUUUUGGCAAUUUGGUUGGAUCUGAAGAAGAGUCGACGAGAGCAGGAGUUGUUUCUGCAGGAUAAAGAUAGGGUAGGGUCGGAUAAUUUGUGAAUUGUGUAUGUCGAGAAGUUUAUGGAUAUAGUUGUGGGAGGGGUGUUUUAUAUAUAUUUAUAAGGCAAACUGGGAAUAAUUCUCAGAAUGUUGGGCUAUCA